AUAACAAAGAGAAGGAAAAGCUGCGGCAGAGUGCAUUGUGCUAAUUAUGCGGGCGCACGGGGCGUAUGCGUGUUGAAAGUGCUAAAGCUAAAGCUAAAGUGCAAUACAAAAGUCAAAGCAGAAGAAGGCAACAGCCAACAGAAACACAAACAAACACACACACACACACGCGCGCGCACACCAACGACUUGUUGCCGGGAAAAACGGAAAAGCGGAAAACUGAGUUAUUAUUGUCGUGGAAAAGUCGCGCACUAUGCGAAGAAUGUGUCUGUGACGAAGUGUCGACGUUUACGAAUUAUCAAUUCCUUACGCUUCAAAUGUGAUUUAGCCCCUCUCCCUCUCUCUCACUCUCUGUGCUCAUAUCUUUGUGUGUGUGUGUGUGUAGGUGUGCGUGCGUGUGUUAGUGUCGACUAAUUGAAAUAAUGUCAUGCAUUGGCUCGACGGCAUUUCUUUGGAUGACAAUUUAAUUAGCGGACGGGCGAGCGACAGCAACGGCGACAACGGCGACAACAAUCAGCGGAAAUCAACGCAAAACUCAUCGCCAACGAAAGCAAAACGAAGACGUCAUGCACACUAUAAGCUAAAUAGCAGAUUGGACAGAAAGUCAUCACGUGGCAUGAUAUACGAAAAUGAGGAGCUCAGGUUGCGCACAAUCAACAUAAAUGCGGAAGUCGAGCGAGGUCAGUCGGAUAUCAAACGUCUGCGUCGCGAAAAUGAGCACCUGAGACGGGAGAUCUGGUCACUGCGCGACGAAUGCGAUCGGCUGAACAAGCGCUUCAAGGCGAAGCUAAGCGAGCACGAGUACGGCGGUUGCCGCGGCAGCGGAGGCAGCGGGCGGCGCUGCAGCGGCGGUGGCAGAGGCAGCGCUGGUUGUGAUGGAAACAGUGAUGACUCCGAAUCAUGUGAUACGUGUCGCUGCGACGAUGAUGGCCACUGCAGCGACGAGUGCUGUCAGGAGCGCGGCGGCUCCUGCGUGCCAAUCAAACAGCCACUGCCACCGGAGGAGCCCAAGGUGCAGCCAGCUGACAGCAAUACGUCGGCCAAGCCGGACGGCCAGCCCAUGCACUUUGACCACCUGUCUGUGGUGUCGGAGGAGACGCUCAGCAAUCCGGAAAUGCUGCAGGCGCAGCUGCCGCCGGAGCAUCUGAUGAUAUGCACACCCGAUCUCAACAGCUCGCAGAGCACGCUGCCCAGCCUGGUGGGCCCCCUGACGCCCCUGACGCCCAUCGAGCUGGUCGCCAAUCAGCUAAACGACUUGCAGGCGAUGGUGCCGCCGCUUUCGUACUUUGAGAACAUCCUGGCCCAUCACCAGAGCCCCAACACGGUGCUGACACCCACGCCCGAGCUGGGCACCAGCUCCAGCACCACCACCGGCCAGACCAUGAAGCACACGAAUGGCUGGGACUACAAUCUGCAGUCGCCCUUCUCGCAGCGCAAGUACUCGAACACAUCGUCGCCUUCCAGGUCGCCGCCGCCCGCGCCGCUGACCACCUUUGUGCCCACGUCCACGCUGCAAGCGACGCCCAAGAUAGCGCUCAACGUGCCCACGACGAGCGGAGCCGGCGGCAACAUAGAGACCGUAGCCAUAACGACAAACGCCACGCAACAAGCGCUCAACAGCCCCAAGCACUUCUUCGCUCCCAUCAAGCCGCGCCUCAGGCUCAACACGGAGCUUGCCAAUCGGGGACAGGACGCACUGCCGCCGGGCUCGCCGCCCCCACCGCACCAGCAGCCGGAGGUCGCACCGCCGCCGCGCGAUCCACCCGACAUAUUUGUGAACAACGCGCUGGCCACACCCUAUCAGCGGCCCGGCCCGCGGCUCUCGCCACAAGUAAGUCCGCGGCAUCGCGCGCGCUCGCAUUGCCAGCUGCACCACCAGCCGUGCCACCAGCACCAGCACCGCCAGCGCCAUGGCCAGCCCAGCCUCCCCCCACCGCAGCAGCAGCAGCAGCAGCCGCACCAGCAUUGCGCUUUGCAUCGGGCGGUUGUCAAUGUGGCCGCUGCCGUUGGCUUGGGCGUUGCCGGUGGUGGUGGUGGUGGUGGUGGUGGUGGUGGUUGUGGUGGCGAUGGUGUUGGCGGGGCCAACGCUUAUGGCGGCAGCGUGGUUGAUAUUUAUAGCGCUGCGCUAGCUGCCGCUGCUUCGGCCGCUGCCAAAUCGGCUUCAGCGCCGCCCUCUCCGCUGCCCCUGACCCGUUGCGUGACCCCGGUGUACGCAACCGCACAAAAGGGCUGCCACAGCAGCUGCAUCUCGGCCAGAGCCCUGACCCAGCCCCUGAUGACAGUCACCACAAACACCACCAGAGCAACCACAUCGCCGCUGCGCCAGAGCCUAAAGCUAACCGCCUCCGCAGCCAGCUGCCGGCCAAUCGCCGCGCUGUCCACAUCGAGCAUCGUUGACAUUGGCAGUCAGACGGACUCUGUGAAUUUGGAGUCGCUGCUCAACGACAUCCAGACGAUAUCGGGCGACAUUUUGGCCAUACAGCUGGAGAAGAGCAAGUCUCGGGACAACCUCAUGGGCAACGGCAAUGACAAGGAGAAGAGCAAGCCCUAUCGCUCUGAGAUGAACCUGUACUUGCAGUAUGACGGCACAAAUCCCACGAUUUCGAAUGCAACGAGCAGCACGAUGACAACCACUGUGGCUGCCUCCGACUCGAAUGGCAGCCAGAAGCUGUCCAGCCGCACACGGUCGCUGGAGCGCGAGCACACGGAUAGUCCGGCGCCCCACAUGCCGGAUCCGAUGGCUCCGUUUCCGGAGAAGUGCACUUAUCUGGGCUUCGAGCAGAUCAACCAGGCGGCCCAGAUGCCGCCGUCGCCCUCGGGCCAAAAGCCGCCGCUGGCCGUUAAGCCCAGUUUACCUGCGAAGCCACCGCCGCCGUUGCCGCCGGCACGCCGUCCACCGCCAGUGUCCAUGCCCACGGAGCCACCACCGCCGCCGCCAGUCAGCGGCGUCGCGCCAAACAAAAGCCAUCUGUACAAAUCGCUGGCCAAUGCCGCAGCCAAGAGAGCCAUCUUUCGGUCCGCGCCCACGCAGCUGACGCGAUCCCUGGACGUGGAGUGCGCGGGCGAUGAGCCAGCCGAGCCAGCCGGGCCAGCCGGGACAGCCAACGAGGAGGAGGAUGCGGCCAAGCGCAAGGCGCGGCGUGUGUCCAUCGUCUGUGGAGAGGAGCAGCCGCUGGCGAAUGGCGGACUGGAGACCACCGCAGGCCCGGCACCCACAACGACAGCCAGCUGCGGCGACUUGACCAGCGCCACGAGCGGCGCACUCAUCCAUCCCGCCAUCAAGGCCUUCCGGCAGAUAAGCCACAGCACGCCCAGUUCCCCACAUUCCUUGCGCCGUUGCAUCAACAGCAAUACAAUGACAGCCGGGCAGGCAGAGGCGGCCGCUACGGCCUCCGCACCGCCCAGCACCACGCACCACCAUCAUCACCGAAAGGAGAGCAGCGAUCCGGCGCCCAUGACGGCAACGGUCAGCCGAACGAAGUGCUCCCGCCGGCACUCGGAGGGCACCGUGCACAGUGGGCAGCAUCGCAUUAGCGGCUCGAGUGGCGGAGCUGCGGGCGGCAAUGGUGGGCAUCACCACCACCACUCGCACCACCACCAGCACAGCAGCCUGAUCAGCAGCAAUCCGCACCACAGCCACCAUUCCCACCAGGACAGCAACCACGAGACGGUCACCUCCCAAUCCGAUCGCAAUUCGAACAGCUUUGGCUCCUCCCGCGAGUCCUCGACCAGCUUCAGCAUGCGCUCCAACCGCCGCAAGAUAUCCAUCAGCUCCCACACGGGCGGCAAGAUACCGUGGUGCGGCUGCUGGGGCAACGGAUGUCUCUAGACUCUCGACACGGGGGUCAUCAGCCCAUUUGCCGUCCUGUUAGCCACAUGGAUAGAGAUUAGCUAGCCUUGAAAUGAAAUGGAAUGAACCCAUUCGAGCCCGAAUUCAUUUAAACAGCAUUUCUGAAAUCAUCUAUUAUCAAGUACAAAAAGAGGAAGCAAAA